ACACACAUCCACUCAUCAAACAUGGCGACACCGAGAGAGGCUGGGUAAGUCAGCAGAGUGUCUACCGGCGCCCAGAAAAGUGUGUUUGGAAGCAAUUUUUCUCCCAUUUGCUUGAAUAUUGGAAUAUAUGCAUGACACAAUGACGGGUUGGGUUCCAACAAAGGAGGCAAAAUAUGCUGUUGCCAUCUACAAUUUUCUUGGAUCUGGCCCCCAGGAGCUAUUAUUGAGUGUUGGUGAUACAGUGCAGAUUGUUGAAGAAAGUGCAGGAUGGUACAGAGGAAGUAAUACAAGGAACAGACAGUUGAAGGGCAUCUUUCCCAAAGGCUAUGUAUAUAUCAAGGAAGCUUUUGUGGAAACCAUCGGUGAAACGCACCAUGAGAAGGUGACACCUAAAGAGAUUCCCAUCGUACAAGAACUGACAGCAGUCCUGAGAGAAUGGAGCAUACUAUGGAAACAGCUCUUUCUGAAGCGGGAUGUGGAGAAGUACGACCUGGUCCACAAGAUGUUGUACGAGCUGAUCGACUGCCGACGUCAGAUCAUGUCCGGAACUCUACCGGUAGAUGAGAUCAAAGAGAUGAAACAGCAUGUCACAUCCAAGAUAGAUUUCACUAACAGGAAGUUGGGUCUUGACCUUGUGAUCAGAGAUGAAGAGGGCAGUGUUCAGAAUCCUACAAUGCUUAGCACGGUGGCGCUUCAUAGACUGCAUGAAGUUGCAACACAGAGAAUCAUCGGACAACAAGAGACUUCGUUCUUACAGAGGACAAAGAAGCAGAGUACUGUUUACACGUACAACCUCUACGUCAUGAUGAAGAAUGUUGUGUGUAAGAUUGGUGAGAACUCAGAAGUGAUGAUGAGUCUCUACGACGGCAAACUGUGUGAACACAUCAGUGAAUCAUACAUCGUGAAAUGGAGCAGUAAAGGCACGCCCACAGAUCUGAGUAAACUCUACAACCUCAAGACUCUCUUCACUGACCUUGGUGCGAAAGAUCUCCAGAGAGAAAAGAUCUUCCUUGUUUGUCAGAUCAUCAGAGUAGGUCGGAUGGAGUUGAAGGAAGGAGACCACAGUAAGAAGUAUACAACGGGACUAAGGAGACCAUGGGGCGUGGCAGCCAUGGAAAUCACUGAUAUCGUGUCAGGAAAAGUGGACACGGAUGAAGAAAAACAGUACUUUCUGCCAUUCCAACCUUGCCCUGGUGAUGAUAGCCUUGACAGUGUUGUCAGGAGGUUCGUCCAAGCCAAAGAGGUCAACCACAAAGGUCAAGGGAUAUGGGUCACUCUCAAAAUGGUGCAUGGGGAGGUCAAACAGGUGUACAAGGAGUAUCCCCAUCUUCUUGACAGCAAGACAGCAGUCUCAAGAAAGAUGGGCUUCCCAGAGGUUAUUAUGCCAGGUGAUGUGAGGAAUGAUGUGUACAUCACCAUACUUCAAGGUGACUUUGACAGGGGGGCAAGGCCCAAAGCCAGAAAUGUUGAAGUCAAUGUAUCAGUGUGCACGGAAGAUAAUACCAUUCUUGAGAAUGCAAUAAGUCUAGCUUCAGGAGAGCCAUCAGACUCCAAGUACAGAUCAGUGGUGUACUACCAGGUCAAGAAUCCAAAGUAUCAUGAAAUAUUCAAGGUUGCGAUUCCCAUUGAUCAGUUCUGCAAGAACAACACCCACGUCAGGUUCACUUUCAGACACAGAUCGGCUACAGAAGCUAAAGACAAGCAGGAGAAGAUCUUUGCUAUGGCCUACCUGAGGUUAAUGACAGACAUUGGUACAACCAUCACCAAUGGAAUACAUGAACUCAUCGUCUAUAAGUGUGACAAGAAUAUGGAGUCGAGCACAGCGUACCUGAACCUACCCUCAACGAGACAAGACCCGAAAGCCUUUGAGGAUAAGCCCCAAACACAUGCAUCUGGUCAUCAGAAAGGACUGUCUGCCAGCAGCAAAGACACAUUUCUACUCUCAACAGUGGUGUGCUCUACAAAGCUGACUCAGAAUGUUGAUCUUCUUGGAUUAUUGAAGUGGAGAGCAGAACCUGAUACCAUCAGACAGAGUCUUGAAUCACUCAUGAAAGUGGAUGGUGAAGAGGUUGUGAAGUUCCUACAAGACACAUUAGAUGCUUUGUUCAGCAUCAUGGCCGAGAACCCACAGUCUGAAGAGUAUGACAAACCAGUCUUCAACGCAGUGGUGUUCAUCAUAGGAUUAAUAGCAGAUAGGAAGUACCAGCAGUUCAGACCAGUACUGGAUACAUACAUCAAUGAACACUACAGUGUGACAUUCGCUGACCACAAACUUGCCAAAGUAUUGAAAGACUUGUUAGACAGUGCUGGUGAGUUAGACAGUCCUACGCAGCUACUACAAGCUCUCAAAGCCAUUGAGUAUCUCUUCAAGUUCAUCCUCAGGUCCAGGAAACUCUUUGUGGCUCUGCACGGGGAGGCAACGGGUAAACAAGGAUUUGAGUGUUCCAUACGAGAGGUCUUCCGUUCCCUCAACUGGCUGAUGACGUACACAGAUGACCUUAUGGUACUGUGCCAAGGAGCUGCCAUGAGGUUUCUUCCACACAUCAUCCAGGACACCAUGCAACAGUUCAACCCCAAGGAGCUUGCCAUUCACCUCAAGGAGUUCAUCCUUAACCUCCCUCCAGACCGUCUUGUCAAGCAGAAGCUCGAAUGUCUCAGAGACUUUGUCCAGAGUGAGAUCUUCAAAGUCAGGGAAUGCAGGGCAGUACUGCUUCCUAUGAUGACCAGUCAACUCAACAUGCUCAUCUUGAAGAGAGAAGAGAUGAAAGCAUGCGCUGAGCUCUUCCAAGAGAUCCUCGAUACAUUAUGGCAGAAGGAAACGAAUUGUACCCAUGGAGACACAGCUGAAGUGAUGCAUGUUUUACUGCGUACAGUCAUCCAGGCAGUCAUCUACAUGUAUAUGCAGCAAGACCUCAGUCUCAUUGGCAAGUAUGUGGCUUGUAUGGUGAGUCUACUGAGGCAGAUGAGUGACUACCACUAUCAGGAGUACAUCAACCAGUUUCCUACCAGGACAGAUCUUACAGACUUCCUCAUGGAAAUCUUCCUCGUCUUCAAGGACCUUGUCUCAAAAAAUGUCUUCCCCAACGACUGGUCCAUGAUGAUCCUCCAGCUCAACAGUGUGAUCCUCAAUUCGAUGAAGCAGUUUGCCAGAGUUCUUCACCGCUCCUUUGUGCGCAUCGAGGACUUUGAAUUCCAGCUCUGGAAUAACUUCUUUCAUCUGUCGGUAGCCUUUGUUACCCAAGAGUCCUUGCAGCUUGAGAACCUCUUACAAACCAAACGCAAUAACAUCAUUGACAGGUAUGGAGACAUGAGGAGAGAGGUCUCGUUUGAGAUCAUCCGUACCAUGUGGAACUAUCUGGGUAAGAACAAGAUCAAGUUCAUCCCUGGUCUGAUUGGUCCAUUCCUGGAGGUUGCCUUGGUACCGGAGGUGGAGCUUCGGAAGGCUACCAUCCCCAUCUUCUUUGAUAUGAUCAACUGUGAGUUCAGCAUCAAGAAUAACUUCAAGAUGUUUGAGCGAGAGAUUAUUGGUCAGCUAGAUGCGCUGGUAGAAGGCGGACGUGGAGAUUUAUCGUUCAAAGGUCUCUUCAAAGAAAUCCUGUGUGAUUUCUGUGGAAAGCAUCAGUACUUAAAUCAGAGUGGUGUGCACUUUGUGAACCUGGUGACGAAGCUGCUGGACAGACUUCUAGACUACAGGGCAAUCAUACAUACAGACAACAAGGAGAACAGAAUGAGCUGCAUUGUCAAUCUCUUGAACUUCUACAAAGACAUGGACAGACAGGACAUGUAUACACGCUACCUCUACAAACUCUGUGAUUUGCAUCUGGAAUGUGAUAACUACACAGAAGCUGGCUUCACGCUGCAGUUACAAGCAGAUAGGAUCAAGUGGUCAGACUCUCCAUUGCUGACGUCCAGUGAUAAGUACCCUGAAGCCAUGACUGAAAGACAACUCAAGGAAGUAAUCUACUAUGACAUCAUUGAAUUCUUUGACAAGGGAAAGAUGUGGGAGAGGGGAAUAGCCCUAUGCAAGGAGCUGUGCAAUCAAUACGAGAAGGAGACAUUUGACUAUGUUCAGAUGAGUGAAAUACUGAGGCGGCAGGCCAACUUGUAUGACAACAUCAUGAAGGUGCCCCGGCCAUCACCGGAGUACUUCAAGGUCUGGUACAUUGGACAAGGCUUUCCAGCUUUCCUGAAGAAUCGAGUGUUCAUCUACAGGGGGAAAGAGUAUGAGAGACUAGCAGACUUUGUUGCUAGGCAACAGCAGCUGUAUCCGAGUGCAACCCUUCUCAACAAGACCACACCCCCUGACAAGGAGCUCUUUGAAAACAAGGGACAAAUCCUGCAAAUUGUACCUGUGCAGCCCAAGCGAGAUAACAAGAAAGAAUUCAGAGGAAAGAACAUCAGUGAGCAGAUCCUGAGCUACUACUCUGUAAAUGAAGUGCAGAAGUUCACCUACUCAAGACCGUUUCACAAAGAACAGAAAGACAGAGAAAAUGAGUUCAAGACUAUGUGGAUUGAGAGGACUCAUUUCACCACAGAGUACAAGCUACCUGGUAAUCUGAGAUGGUUUGAGGUGGUGGAAUCAUGUACGGAGGAAUUGAGCCCUAUCCAGAAUGCCAUUGAGAACAUGGAAGACGUAAAUCGUAAGUUGAGGGCGCUAAUCAUCCAGCAUGAAGAAGAUCCGAACCUUCCCAUCAACCCUCUGAGUCUCCAGCUCAAUGGUGUCAUUGAUUCGGCCGUCAUGGGCGGACCGGUCAUGUACGAGAGGGCUUUCUGUGUGGAGGACUAUGUAGCUCAACAUCCUGAAGAUGCUAUCCAUAUAUCAAGACUCAAGGAGCUCUUUGCUGAACAGAUCCCGCUGGUAGAGCUGGGUCUGACGUUACACAGAAACAAGAUGUCUGAAGACCUCGGACCCUUCCAACGAAAGAUGGAAGAUCAGUACCAAAAACGAAGACAGAUCGUUGAAGAGCGUUAUGGCAAGAAGUUGAUCGAGCACUUUGCGCUGACGCCUAAUGACAAGUUGAUCCAGUCUUUUGCUAGAAGGCACUCGAGAGGUCAGACAUACUCAGGGCGCCCUCUGUCGUCCAUGUCGACGUCAUCAACAUCGUCGGACACACAGGGUUCUCGGAGCAGCAUCAUCUCUAAUCCAGAGAGGGAUAACAGCUACCUAAGUGUUCCUCAGAAGCUGUCCAAUAAACAUCGCUCACUUUCUAACCAGAGUAUAUCCAGCAAGUCAUCAGACAGGCACAAUAGCAAGGGACAGGGUAGCCCAAGCAGAAACUCUCCGGCUAAGAUACAUCGGAAUAGCAGGGAUCUAUCAACGGAGGACCUGGGCUCCAUGGUAACGACGCCAUCCAAGGAGACGCCUAAACCAAUCAUCUUGGAUGAAAAGAGCUACAUGCCACUCUUCCAACAGGGUUUUUCUCUAUGUAGACGUAGGAAGUCGUCAAGCUCGCUUUCUAGUGCAAGGCCGCUGAGGAAGGAUAUGAAGAAAGCCAACCAUGUUCCCAUGCAAAGACCCAUUAGAGCAAUGACUAUGCAUGCUAUAAACCAGUCCUCAUCCACGUCAUCUCUACAGUCAUCAGAUGGGGACAGUGAUGCACCCCCUAAAUUACCCCCUAAGCAGUCCAGCGGUGACUUCAGUCAUACAGAGGUCAUCGAUCAAAACAAUCCUCCUCCUAAGCCAGCGGGAUUCCCUGUUGCUCUCACGUCACUCAAGGACAAGGAUCAGGCACCCCCUCCGCUACCCAUCAAAGGAUCGUUGAACAACACACCUCCAAUCAGCAGGAAAGGCCCACAAUCUUCAGAACACAUACAGGAGUCCUUAACCAAUGAACCUCCAGAGAAACCCUGACAGCUAGACAAUAUAAAUAUCUACAUUACAAUUUGCUGCCAAGAUAUUGUGUACUACUGAUCCGAUGCAAAACUAAUCUGUUUGUUUUGUUUGUUAAAUGUUUCCUUUCCCCUGCCAGCAAGGCUCUCUAUAAUACGUAAUCCUUUUGUGAGUGAUCAAUGGAACACAUAAAGGGUCAUGAUUUUAGACAUUGUCUGUUUUUAUAAGAAGAUAUCCUAAUAUCUGUUUGGAGACGGCAGAUCAUUAAGUCUAUGUAAUGUGAUGUGAUCUAUCUCAUUUUAAACAUACGAUUUAUCUUAGCAUAUCCGAAAUUUAGAGAAACAACAAAUUUGAUAUUUUUACUCUUUUUUGUUUAUACACCUGUAGGAGCAAAUUUUGAGAAUGAAAAUUCCACAUUUACUUCUCUUUCUACUAUCAAUUACUGGAACUGGGAUCAAGUGCUCCAGAUGUGUUACAAAGAGCUUGUCUUUUAUUUCAUUUAGAUGUAUAAGCAGCACUUUCCUCUUAGCAUUCUUGCAAUUAAUGCUUGCAUGAAUAUCAUGCAAUCCAAACACAAAUGAAAACAAGAUAUAUAAAACAACAGGCCCACUGUCUUGUCGUCAGGGUUACUAGGAAACGCAUGGAAUAUUACCAAAUAUUUUGUUUUUUGCCUGUACAAAUGGGGUCAUUAAUUGCUAGACAUUUCAGUGAAAAUGACUUCAUCUCUCAUUGAAUGUAUCUCUGCAGCAAGUUAAAAUGUACAAUCUACUUUUUUUUCUUUUCCCCCUCCUAUUGUCAAAUUGUCUGUUUUACAUGCCCUUUGGCAGAUGAUGAAUGUAUCAUUUCUCAUUGUAGAAUCUUUGGUGCUUCAAGAUAAUACAAAGUUUUGGUAUGGGGUCAUGAAUUUAGUUCAGUUGAACAUAUUGGGAGCAUAUGCCAUUUUAUAAUAUUCAAUGAUCGUUGGCGCGGUUGAAAUCGAGUCUUAAGUGAUGAAAUUGUAAAUAAUAAACUCUUUAUGUUGUAUAGCUUCCUCCCAAGACUGAUAUUACUUUAGCUUUAAAACAAUGUUUUCUGGACUGCAAUCGACCGAGUUACUAUUCCCGUUUGGACAUUAUAUAUCAGAACUGCAUAUUCUGAGAUUUUCAUGGUCGCAGCUACAAUGGAAUGGCCUUAGGCGCUAUUUGAAAUUUACAGGGAGCACCGG